AUGACGGACCACGAGAAUACACACCAGCUUCCAGACUGGGAAGCGCCAGGUCCCAAGAAGAGUCGCUUCAGCAAAUUUACUACUCAAUCGCCACAUGCGUACGCAAAGGAGGAAGCGCCAGGCGAAGGUUCUACGACGGCGAAGCGCACAUUCUCUGAUCGUUUCCUGCCUCGCUGGGCAAAACGAAGCCGCAAGACUCUAAUAAUCACAAUUGUCGCGCUUGUCCUCCUCAUUGCACUUAUCCUCGGCUUAGCACUCGGACUAGGUCUUUCACACAAAAGCAAGAAAACAAAGAACCUACCAUUACCGACAAGCAGUGGGGUCUUCAAUGGAGACUUGACAUACUACAGCCCAGGGCCUGGCUUUGGCGCCUGUGGUUACGAGAAUAAACCUACGGAUGCGAUUUGCGCAGUGGCUCACGCUCUCUGGGAUUCCCAGCUGACCAGUUCGAAUCCAAAUGAAAAUCCGCUAUGCGGGAAGAUGAUACGGAUUACGAGAUUCAAUGAGGCUGUUGGAGGAAAUCGCAGUGUUGAUGUGAUGGUUGUGGAUAAGUGUAUGGGAUGCGCGCCAACAGAUCUGGAUUUGAGCAUCAAGAUGUUUACGACACUCGCGGAUGAGUCGCUUGGCAGAGUGGUGGGCUCUUGGGCUUGGCUGAAUUGA